ACUCGAUAUGACGUAUGUACUGGGAUUUCUGCGCUGCACCCGCCGUAUUGCAGUACUUCUAAGUACUCAGUAGCCCACCCAAAGUCCUUCAUUACGAGCGAUGAUUGGGCUAGUACAGUUUGGGCGUGCCACACGGCUAAACUAUACGGAGUAGAGGAUGUGUAAGCUGUAGAUGCCAGUCGCACUGAAGCUAGACACGACUGUGAAGCUCCCCUCAGGCUAUACCGUGCCCCUGCUGGGUCUGGGAGUCUACCAGAACGACGAUUGCGUCCCAGCAUGCCUUGCUGCGCUGAAACAUGGCUACAGGCACAUCGACUCAGCCCGCAUGUAUCGGAAUGAAGACCAAGUCGGGCAGGCAGUGCGCGAGAGUGGCAUACCCCGCGAAAAGGUCUUCGUCACGACGAAGAUAUACGAUCCUGACCACGGAUACGAGAGCACGCUGAAGGUGGUCGACGAGUCUCUGCAGCGCUUCGGUUUUGACUACAUCGACCUCUACCUGAUCCACAGCCCACUCUCAGGCAAGAAGCGGCGCCUCGAGACCUGGCGCGCCCUCCUCGACGCCCAGAAAGCUGGCAAGAUCCGCACCGUCGGCGUAUCCAACUACGGGAUCAAGCACCUCGAGGAGAUCCGCGAAGCCGGCCUCGCGCAGCCCGCGGUGAACCAGAUCGAGGUGCAGCCCUUCUGCCAGCAGCGCCCGAUCGUCGAGUACUGCCGGGAGCACGGCAUCUUCGUGCAGGCGUACUGCCCGCUCGUGCGCGGCCGCUUCGACGAGCCCGUCCUCCAGGAGGUCGCGAGGAAGUACAAGAAGGACGUCGCGCAGGUCCUCGUCCGGUGGUCGCUGCAGCACGGGUUCAGCCCGCUCCCGAAGUCGGCCCGCCCCGAGCGCGUCGUCUCCAACGCAGAUGUGUACGACUUCCAGAUUUCGGAGGAGGACAUGGCGAAGCUCGACGCGCUCGACAAGGGCGCCGCGGGCGCGACGAGCUGGAACCCAGUCGAUGCAGAGUGAAGAGAUCUCGCAUGGUCGAAGCAUGGUCGAAGAAAUGACAUACGUACUGCCGAGCCCAGCGACGAGGCGCGCGCCGUCGUGCACAGACCCUAGAUGAUCGACGAGAGCGCGACGUAAUGUAGAAUAGACUUCGCAGUAUGAUGUACGCCUG